AUGGCCUAUAGCAUUUCAAAAGAUGCACAAUAACUACUUUGUGAGAUCAUAAAUCAAAUAAGUUUAACUGAGAGAAGAGCUGAGCAAGUGAGAAUAUAAUUAUGUAGAAAAACUAGUUUUAAUCCAUAUGCCUGCUUCAAAAGGUAAUAUAUGUAAUAACACCUAGAUUAGAUUAAAUGAACACUAAUUAAAUUAAACCUGAAUAAGUGGUUUAACUUUUGAAAGAAAAUGAUUUUUUUGUUUAAGAAAUUACAACAUUGUUUAAUUAAACAUUUUAGAAAGAAUUUCUUAAUUAUCAAGAGUAUUAUUAAUAAUUCAUAAUUUUUCAGCUUUCUCAAUAUAGUAUUACCAAAAAGUGAUGGUGAAUUAAGAGAAAUAACAGCUAUGAAAUAACCAACAAAAGCUGCAGUAGAAAAAUCAAUCGAUUAUGCAUUAGCUUAAUUAUUCAAUUUGUAUUUUUAGGAUUAAUCUUAGAGAAUAUAAUGAAGCAAUAAAUUUAGAAAGAUUAAAAAUUAGACUCUAUAAUUUAUAUAAUGCUGAUUAAAUGUUUUAGAGUAUGGAUUCUUUAAAUAAUAAUAUUCUAAAUUUUAAGGAUUUUGAUAGAUUUUUUAGAAGAAAUGGUCUUUUGUUAUAUGAAGAAGAAUUAGUAAUUAAAAUAAUUUAUUAAUAGAUUGCUUUCUUUUAUAGAAUUGAUUUAUAAAGAACAGGAUAAAUAACAUUAAAUGAUUUUCGUAGAAUGUUAGAACCUUCAUAAGUUUUAGAAUAAUAACAAAAUUUGAUUUAUUGUAUUUAAACUCCGAAAUAGACUGUUUCAUAACCAAAGAGCUCUAAUAUUUUUAUAGAUGAAUUAGGUAAUAGUAGUAAUAAAGCUGGAUAAAUAAUUUAAUCUAGAAAUUUUUCUGCAAGUAACAAAAAAAAGUUUUAGUCAAAUAGAAGAGCUUCUUCAAUAACAGAAAGUUUAUAAACUACAAAAUUAACUGAGAAUAUUUUAAAUGAUGAAUAAAGAUUCAUUGAUUUAGGAUUGGAAGUUUUAAAAUUGGAAAUGUAUUUAGAAGAAAUAAAAUUAAAAAUAUAAUAAUAAAAAGAUUUUAACUCUAUGGAUUUCUUCCAUUUUAUAGAUUUAAAAAAUAAAGGAAAAGUCAAUCAACAUGAAUUUGUUUAUUUUUUAGAAUAAUUAUAACUCAAAAAUAUUGAUGUUAUUGAGUUAUUUAAUUAUUUAGAUAAAGAUUUAGAUGGAUUUAUUAGAUAUUCAGAUGUUUCUGAUUUUAUUUCUCCAUCUAAUAUGAGUUCAACCUACAUUUGUAAGAAACCUGCUAAAAAUAGUCUUCUCUCAUAUUCAAUCUCAUAAUUAUUCUCAAGAUCAACAAUUUCAUUAAUUUAAUUACUUUUCAAUUAAUGGAAUGACAAUGAAAAAAUUAUCAGAUCUAAAAAAAAAUAAUUCUUAAAAGAAUUAAAUCUUUAUUAAUUAUUUAAUAAACUUGAUCUUUAUAAAAAAGGCAGCUUCAAUCGAUAAGAUGUAUAUUUAGAUUAUUAAUUUAGCUUCAACGUUUUUUUGAUGUUUAUAAUGUUAAAGAUGAUAUUAAAUUAUUGUAUAAAAGAUUGGGAAAAUUAAACAAAGAGAUUAAUUAUAAAGAAUUUGAAUUAUUUUUUAUCAACUGA